AAGCCCUGUGAUGGGGAGCGAGCAGGGGCAGGCAGAGCAGCGAACGUGAAUGCCCCAUGUCGGAUGUCCGAGGAGCGGACGGGACGCAUGUUUCCAGGCGUGGAUGUGCGCACACCGUGAACUCUCGUCCGAGCGGCUGAUCCAGGCGCGGAGGGGGGAAAAAAAUCAGGAUCGCCCCGUUACUGGCCCACCUAACAUGCGGUGGAAAGUACCGGAUUUUAUUCCAGAGAGAAAUACUGAGGCUACAGCAAAACACGGGACUUUCAAAUGCACUGACACCCAACAUCUGCGGCUGAACAGAGAUGGCAGACAGAAUAUUUCUGGCGCCUCCUUCUGGUGUGGAGGAAUGAGGGCCUCUGGAUGAAGGCCAUGGAGCUGAAAGUGUGGGUGGACGGCGUGCAGCGGAUCGUGUGCGGGGUCACAGAGUUCACCACAUGUCAGGAGGUGGUCAUCGCUCUGGCACAAGCCAUCGGACGAACAGGCAGAUACACUUUGAUCGAGAAAUGGCGAGAGACAGAACGUCACCUGGCCCCACAUGAGAACCCCGUGGUGUCGCUCAACAAGUGGGGUCAGUAUGCCAGCGACGUUCAGCUCAUCCUCCAACGCACUGGCCCGUCAGUCAGCGAGCGGCCCACCUCGGACGGCCAGGCCCGCGUCCCGGAGCGCGGAUUCUACCGGCAGAGCCUCCCGCCACUGGCCAAACUGCGCCCCACAGCGGCAGACCGCUCGCUCAAACGCAGGGAACCCAAGCGCAAGUCUCUGACCUUCACUGGAGGGGCCAAGGGUCUCCGCGACAUAUUUGGGAAAAGCCGUGAUGCCGAGGCCAAACAGCCCCAGCAGUGCGGGGUGAGCCUCAACCUGAGCAGGGUUGGAGGUGGCGGAGUGGCAUCUGUACCUGGGAGUCCUGCCAGAGAGCUGAGCCGACUGGUGCAGCUGCAGAAGGACAAACUCCAGGCCCUGGAGAGCCGUCUGCUGGGCUGUGAGGCCGAGCUGCGAGACUGGGAGGAGGCCGCCGGAGAGGCCAGUGAGGGAGGAAACGUGGAGGAGGAGCUGCUACUUCUGGAGCAGCAGGUGAGAAGGAAUGAGGCAGAGAUGGAGGAGGAGGAAUUCUGGCAGAAUGAGCUGCAGAUCGAGCAGGAGAGCGAGCGGCAGCUCCGGCAGCAGCUAGCCGAGCUGCAGGGCCGUGUGCGUGACUGUGAGGCCAAGCUGGUGGAGUAUCUCGCCCGCAUACAGAGUAUGGAGGCAGGACUGGAGCAGGAGCGGCUGCAACAAGAGGCCGAGCUCAACCAGCAGGCCAAUGAGGAGGAGGUGCGAGCCCAGCUGGGGAAAGUGAGGGCAGAGUUGGAAAUGCAGAGCCAGCACACGGCUCGGCUGGAGAGCAGCUGCAAGGCGCUGGACCGCUCCCUCGGCCAGUCCAGCAAGAAGCUACAGGAGAAGGAGCAGGAGCUUGAGCAGCUGACAAAGGAGCUGAGACAAGUUAACCUCCAGCAGUUCAUUCAGCAGACUGGUACCAAGGUCACCGUGCUGCCCGCUCAGCCCGCCGAGGAGAAUAACAAUGAAGUUGACUCUGGUUCUCUGAAGCGGCUUGGCUCCUCGCGUCUCUUACCCAGCGAUCUCCGGACUCUUCAAAAUGCUGCCUCCUCCAGCCUCAACCCUGAAGGCAUCUAUGUCUGACCCUAAACUGCCUAGGAACCAUUAUUUGGGCAGCAGGGCAGUGGCCUGGUUAUCACUAGAAACCAUCCCUGUGACUGGACGGCCACAGAAUUUGCCUCCCAGUGAGCCCAAACUGCUGCAGUGCUCUUGAGCAAGACACUUAAACCAACCCAGCUCCAAGGUGGCUGCUGUGUGGCUGAGCUGCCUGCUGAAUUCCCGGUGGAGGGAGUCUGGUGGAAAGGCAAACUAUUACUGUGGAGGAUAACACACACACAAAAAACAACUUUUUACCAGAAAGCCUACAUGUGUUUUGCAUCUUUCCUCUCAGCCUCUAGAUCCUGCAUCGGCUUGUCUUCCAUCUUACCAGGACUGAAAGUCAAACUGAUGUCAUUUACAAAAUGUGCAAAACUGAAGUUUUCAAUCUACUGUAUGUAAGAUAGUGGGUGAACGUACACGUCAGUCCUCCACAUACAAACACCCUUAGUCUACGAAGUCUGCGCUUGCUCUGAGUUGGAGAACAAGAUUUUGGUUUAAGCCGUGUGUGUGCAAAACUUUUUGACUCCAGUGGACACACUUUUGAUGACUGAGGGGGUUUGAGGCGAGCACUGCAGAUGUAUUUGUCAGCUCUGCACUGUUUUGCACUGGAUACAGUAAAUGUCAUUGAAGGGCAAGACAAGCGUAGUAAACAGAUAAUCAAUCAUGAUGGAAAGUUUGGACACCAACAUACACACAGGCACACACGCACACACAUACAGCAAGUACAGACACCAACACACACAAAUGCACAAACACCUACACACACCACACCGAUACUAUAACCAUAGCCAUAUCUGAUUGCCUUACUCUGUCAAUAUGUCUAUAUUUUAAUGUUACGACAAAACACAAGGUAGCUACUGUACACACUUAAGCGCCAUAUAAAUUUAAUAUUUGACAAAAUGUGUGUCACCAUUUCAGGUGAAUCCUAGUAAGGGUUACUGAUGUCAGUACAACAGAACAAUGCUCAAAUGUUUUAUUUUUUCCUCACCGAAUGAGUUUGAGUUUUUGUACUGCUGUUUCAACAGGGGGGGGGAAACGAUCCCAUGAAUUUUCCAUGUUUAAGAAGCAAUGGAAAAAUCUGAGGGGUUGAAUGGGUUAGGAGGAAGCAAACAAAAGAAAAUAGAAGAAGCUGUAAAGCCUCCAGUGACCUCAUCAGCCUUUUGACUUCGUUCAAGCAAGUUCGGGAAACAAAUCUUUUCUCUGGCAGGAGCAAUUGAUUCCUGCAGACAUCUGUCGCUGUAUUUCAUUUUGACUUGCAUUG